GAGUUCAUGACCCACGGCUUUCGCACUCCAACGCCAUGCUCUCUCGUUGCACCCGCGCCCACCCGCGCGCCUCCACGCGCCUCACCUUACCGCCCCGCUUGGGGAGUCGAAAGCCAGGUGUGAAUCACCAACUUCACUCCUUCCACUGCUUCCGCCACACCGCGUGUCCAGCCGCGGCGCGGAACGCGUGUCCGGCGCUGUGCGGCGCGGCUGCGUAUGGUGCCGCGCGCCACCGUCGCGGAGCGGCACGGCGUUCCGUGGACCGGCGUGAGGGAGGUGAGGUGGUCUCGCACCAUGCUCUGCUGGGCCUCCCUGAAGGCAUCGCCGAUGUGUCGGAGAUCGAGCGGGCCUAUGCCGCUGCACGCAAGAUGGCCGAGGAGCUGCCGAGCGAGAGCCUGGUGAAGGAGCUGCACGAGGCCUAUCAAGCCGUGCUCUCGGAGGCGACGGCUGUAGCACCAGCUUCUGCUUCUGCAGCGCCACGGGGGCAGCUUGCCGCUGAGGCGAACGUGGUGCCUGGUAGUCAGAAGGUGUUCCUGCAAACCUUCGGAUGUCAACACAACCAGUCUGAUGGAGAGUACAUGCUGGGACAGUUGCAGGACUACGGCUACACCGUGGUGCAGGACGUGGAAGCCUGCGAUGUGUGCGUGGUGAACUCCUGCACCGUGAAAACGCCCUCGGAAUCGCGGGGGCUCCAUUUGGUGAACAAAGCUUCACAACUUCAGAAAGCUGUGGUGUUGGCAGGGUGUGUCCCUUCGGCCGACCAGUCAUUGCCCAAGAGGCUUCCUCAUGUGAGCAUGCUGGAAGUCUCGCAACUGGAUCGCAUUGUGGAGGUGGUCGAAGAGGCGAGCAAAGGAAGAGUAGUGACCCUUUUGGAGAAGAAGAAGUCGGGCGCUACCUUGCCGUCACUGUCUUUGCCCAAAGUCCGGCAGGACCGUUUGACUGAGAUCAUCACCAUCAACGCUGGAUGUUUGAACUUCUGCACCUAUUGCAAGACUCGCCAGGCUCGCGGCGGCGUCAAGUCCUACGCGCUAGAAGACCUGGUGCAACGCGCGCGAGAGGCGGUUGCUGAGGGCGUGUGCCACAUCGAAUUGGCCUCGGAAGACAUGGGUGCCUACGGCUAUGACCGAAAAACCAACAUUGGUGAACUCUUGCUUCGCCUCAGCGACGCCCUGUUGGACUUACAAGCGAGUAGUGGAGCCGGGUAUGAGGUGAUGUUGCGCACUGGGAUGACGAACCCGCCUUACAUCAUGCAGCACCUGGAAAGUGUCGUCGAAGCCUUGCAGCGGCCCAACGUGUAUGGCUUCAUGCAUGUGCCCGUACAGUCGGGCUCGGACGCGGUGCUCAAGGCCAUGAAGAGGAAGUAUACAGUGUCCGAGUUCAUGCAUUUGGUGGAGCGCUUGCGGGAAGGUGUCCCUGACAUUUAUCUCCUCACUGACAUCAUUUGCGGCUAUCCCACUGAAACGGAGGAGGACUGGCAGAGGACGUUGGACUUAGUGAAGCGCUGCCAGUUCCAUGGCGUGUACUCCUCGCGCUUCUUCGCCCGCGCGGGGACGCCCGCGGCGAGGCUGAAGCAGCUGCCGCACGCCGUGACCAAGCGACGCUAUCAGGAGUUGUCGGCCUUGGAGGCUCUCAAGGUGGACCGCUUUGCGCCCCUGCUGCACCGCCGCGAGCGCGUGUGGUUUGCCGGCAGCGACGAGGCGCGGCAGCAGACGCUGGGCCGGACGAAGAACUUUGCCAAGGUGGUGGUGCCGCGCGACGAUGCGCUGCUGGGGCGGAGUGCCAUGGUGGAGAUCACCAAGACUUCGGUGCAGCAUGUUGAGGGGCACGUGAUCCAGUGAGCUGAGUGGAGCGAA